UCUGCCACCGCCGCCUUAAACAGCCACCCUAUGCCCAAACUGACCCAGAGACCGGGAAAGUGAGGCCCAAAGCCUAUAGCCCGUAGUCGCCCGGGCCUCUGCGGCGGCCAGGCCCACCGGGGAGCAGCCUGAGCCCCCGCCAGCCAGGUGACAGGGCGGCUGUGCCCGGCUUUGCCCGCCGAGACGCGCUGCGGGCCAUGGGCUUCGGCAUGCCGCCAGGCGCAUGCGCGGCCCUCCGUCUCCGGAGGACUACUCCGGUCACCUGUGCGCCAGCACCUCAGCCACCUGGCGCGGCGGGCUCCCGCUCGCCCAUCGCUGGCCGCGCAGGCCCUCACCUCCGGCCCUCGGCCGCCACCCGCGGCAGGCCCGGCUAGGCCCGGGCGCUGCGGCUGGGCGCCGCGCGGCUGUCUUCCCACGAGCCGCGGCGCGGCUUCCGCUUCCGGCGAGUAUUGUGUGUCGCGCCGCGGGGCGGGGGUGAGGGGAGGAGGAAGGAGGGAGGCAGUGCUCCGGCGGCUCCGCGCCCGGCACUCCGGGACCCGGAGCCGGGAAGUUAAAUAAUGGCAGAGACAAGCCUGUUGGAGGCUGGAGCCUCUGCAGCCUCCACAGCUGCUGCUCUGGAGAACCUGCAGGUGGAGGCAAGUUGUUCUGUGUGCCUGGAGUAUCUGAAGGAGCCGGUUAUCAUUGAAUGUGGGCACAACUUCUGCAAAGCGUGCAUCACCCGCUGGUGGGAGGACCUGGAGCGGGACUUCCCUUGCCCUGUCUGUCGGAAGACAUCGCGGUACCGGAGUCUCCGGCCGAACCGACAACUAGGCAGUAUGGUGGAAAUCGCCAAGCAGCUGCAGACAGUCAAGCGGAAGAUCAGGGAUGAGAGCCUCUGCUCCCAGCACCAUGAGGCCCUCAGCCUCUUCUGCUACGAAGACCAGGAGGCUGUCUGUUUGAUUUGUGCAAUUUCCCAUACCCACCGGGCCCAUACCGUAGUGCCACUGGACGAUGCUACCCAGGAAUACAAGGAAAAACUGCAGAAGUGCCUGGACCCCCUGGAGCAGAAGUUGCAGGAGAUCAGCUGCUGCAAAGCCUCUGAAGAAAAGAAGCCAGGAGAGCUCAAGAGGCUAGUGGAGAGCCGCAGGCAGCAGAUCUUGGAGGAGUUUGAAGAGCUCCACAGGCUACUGGAUGAGGAACAGCGGAUACUCCUCUCACGGCUGGAGGGAGAGGAGCAGGACAUUCUACAGAGGCUUCGAGAAAAUGCUGCUCACCUCGGGGACAGGCGCCGGGACCUGGCCCACUUAGCUGCUGAGGUGGAGGGCAAGUGCCUACAGUCUGGCUUCGAGAUGCUCAAGGAUGUGAAAAGUACCCUGGAAAAAUGUGAGAAGGUGAAGACCAUGGAGGUGACUUCAGUAUCUAUAGAGCUGGAAAAGAACUUCAGCAAUUUUCCCCGGCAGUACUUUGCCCUCAGGAAAAUCCUUAAACAGCUAAUUGCGGAUGUGACUCUGGACCCUGAGACGGCUCAUCCUAACCUCGUCCUGUCAGAGGAUCGGAAGAGUGUCAAGUUUGUGGAGACAAGACUCCGAGACCUCCCUGACACACCACAGCGUUUCACUUUCUACCCUUGUGUCUUGGCUACUGAAGGCUUCACCUCAGGUCGACACUACUGGGAGGUGGAGGUGGGCGACAAGACCCACUGGGCAGUGGGAGUGUGCCGGGACUCUGUGAGCAGAAAGGGCGAGCUGACUCCACUCCCUGAGACUGGCUACUGGCGUGUGCGGCUGUGGAACGGGGACAAAUAUGCAGCCACCACCACACCUUUUACCCCUUUGCACAUGAAGGUGAAACCUAAGCGGGUGGGCAUAUUCCUAGACUACGAGGCUGGCACACUGUCUUUUUACAACGUCACAGACCGCUCACACAUCUACACCUUCACUGAUACUUUUACUGAAAAACUUUGGCCGCUCUUCUACCCCGGGAUCCGGGCUGGUCGGAAGAAUGCUGCACCACUUACCAUCAGGCCCCCAACAGAUUGGGAGUGACAAGACAUGGAGAUGAAUUGGGGUGAGGCAGGGUCAAGAGUGAUGGGCCUUCCUUACUGUGACCUGCUGGAGUGUCUUGGUGUCUGCGUGGUUCCAGUCCUGAGCCAUCUCGAGAAGCCACCUGGUCUCUGGGAUGGUUUGUGUGGAGGAGUAAAGACAGGACUGGGCUGUGUGACCGAGCACAGAUGAGUGCCCUGCUCACUGUAGUAGGAGAGCAGGCUCCCAGGGGAUUGUAGUCUCUGGUGGCCAGCAGGCGUCCUAUUGCACAAGGACAGGCUGGGAAAGAAAAGGCUUUUCUAAGAACAAAGUCUAUAUGGAAGGGUCUUAGCUUUGCUUAAAAUGCAGGAAAUAGAAGCCUUUAAGAGGCUUCUAUGGCUCAGAAUAGCCUUGUUCCCUGGGGGGCGCGUGGGGACCUGGGGACGCACCUCUGCAUUGGAAAGAUGAGUAGCAGUUGCUGUCUGUCAGGAGUCUGGAAGUUGAGAGGCUUUUUUGAGGGCAGAGGUUGGACGUUAAAGUUAGGAGGAGGAUCAGGGGCGAGGCUAAAGGAAUGUUACUAGAAACGAAUGAAGAAGAGGGGGAUUUCUUUCUUUGGUUUUCUCUUUUUAGGGUAAUGUUACCAUUACCCAUAAGAUUAGCCAGCGGUUGGAAUUUGGGGAAAAGGAACGGGUAGGCAGAAAGGAGAACCCAGGUCUCAAAGACGGUUGUUCCUGUUCCCUGCAGUUGGUCGUCUCCAAGAAGUAGGCUCACCUUUCUCCCCUCUGGAGGUGAGAUGGAAACAAUCCUGCAAGACACACAUCUGCCCUUCCACUGUCUUCCCGAGGGAACUGGGAGAGGAGUCGGAUAGUAGAGAAAAGAUAAUGGUGUGUCCAAAGCCCUGGCCUUAAAGAAUGCUAAAAAGUAGUUAUUCCCAAGUUGUCUGCCUUGUCCUCUGGCUCAGGUGUCCAAGCCAGAAAGGAAGGGAGGUAACAGAGUCUUUCUCACCCAGUGAGAACAGGGUAGAAGAGGGUGGUUUGUGUAGCAAAGGGCCAGAUAGACAGCUUAGCUUCUAUUAACAUCCUUCACCCUUGGACAUCCCCCUUAAAGGUUCAGAGAAUGUAAAUUAUUUUAAGUUAGGCCAAAAUAAACAACCCAUAGGGUACAUAAAUUGUCACAAAAGGUAAUGUGAUGCAUGCCAAACCAAACAACCUGGAUUAUCUGCUGUGUGGGUAAUCUUCGUCCAAGACUGAGACGAGACGCUGCAUUGAGGGCAUUUCAGUUCCUCCUACCACCUCAACAGGACGCUGUCCACUCUCCUCGUACCUUUGUGCCUUGACUGUGGUUCUUUGUGGCAAGAUAAUUUGGUUGAUCAAAAUAUGGAACAAAGGAUCCACUGAU